AUGGCGAACUUUAAGGGCCACGCUCUCCCAGGGAGUUUCUUCUUGAUAGUUGGGCUGUGGUGGUCAGUAAAGUACCCGCUGAUAUACUUUCACCAGAAGGGGAAAAGCAGCCGACUGACUCGUUACCAACAGCGUCUCGAGAUCAUUGAAGCUGCAAUCAGAACCUUGUUUUCAGUCAUUGGGAUCCUGGCAGAGCAGUUUGUUCCCGACGGGCCCCACCUCCACCUGUACCACGAAAGCGGGUGGGUGAAGUUAAUGAACUGGCAGCACAGCACCAUGUACUUAUUCUUCGCGGUCUCGGGGAUCGUGGAUCUGCUCACCUGCCUCGUCAGCCAUGUUCCCCUGGGGCUGGACAGACUGGUUAUGGCCGUGGCGACAUUCACCGAAGGUUUCCUCUUCUACUACCACGUCCAUAACCGCCCACCCCUGGACCAGCAUAUCCACUCGCUCUUGCUGUGCGCCGUGUUCGGAGGGGCCUUCAGCAUCUUCGUAGAGGUGAUCCUUCGGGACAAUAUCGUGCUGCAGCUCUUCCGAACCAGUCUCGUUAUUCUUCAGGGCACCUGGUUCUGGCAGAUCGGGUUUGUGCUGUUCCCACCUUUUGGAGGACCCGAAUGGGACCAGAAAGAUCACGCAAACCUAAUGUUCGUCACCAUGUGCUUCUGCUGGCACUACUUGGCUGCCCUCUGCAUUGUGGCCAUCGGCUACUCGCUCGUUUUCUGCCAUUUGACCCGGUUAAAGAGGCCCGGAGGAGAAAUCAUCGGCAUUCAGAAGCUGAAGUCAGAUCACACUUACCAGACAGCCCUCUUGAGUGGCUCGGAUGAGGAAUGAGAGGAGGCCACCCGUCACCAGUGCGGGGAUGUGCCCCUCUGAGUACAACAUGCCAGAGUGUGCAAAGAGGUAGCUCAUCUCCCUUUCAGUGCCUGCUGUGGUCUGCAGGGUUUAUACAUUCGCACCCUCUCAUUAAACUAAGGUCUCUGUUGCUAUGGUAUCCUUCAUAGAGAAAAAUGAAGCAACAAGCCCUUAUUUAUGUUCCCAUAUGAAGGGAAAUCAAAGACUCUGAAAGUUUCAGAACAGGAUGUGGCCUCAUGGAUGAAUCCAGGAUAUGAAUCCAACAGAAAAUACUGCUUUUGAUAAAUUAUUCCUUUUUCUCUCAAGAAAACAGGUACUUUCUUAGCAGAAAUUAAGUAAACAAGACUGCCUUUAUUUUAAAGAUGCAAUUCUAGCACAUAUUUUUUUUUAAAGUAAAAAUUCACAAGCUUUGGUACUUUAAAUAUUACUUGUUAAACAUUUCCUAAUUAACCAUUAAUAUUCCACAAUACUGAAAUACUACUGAUAAGUGAUGAUGCUGGGCCAAAGGUGACUUUUUUUUCUUUUUUUUGAAUCAGGAAGCUAGUUAGUGGCCCAGCUGAGAGCUGGAACAUAGAUGUUCUGGGUCCUCAAAAGUACUCUAAUAAGAAGAUGCUAACAGGAAGUCUGUAUAAUGAGGUAGAGAGAAAAAGGCAGGUUACUAAAGACCUUGAAUUUAAAUAUAGCUGAAAGCAGAGGGUUAAGAAUCCUGCAGAAGAUGUGGAUCUUGAACUAGUAAUGUAAAGUCUCAAUACUGUAAUGUUGGUUCUGGAUGUUUCUUGUUUUUUAACUUCCUUCAACAAAUAUUUAUUAAACAUCUGCUUUGCACCAGCAUGGAAAUGGUUGGAAGGAUCACUGAGAUACCUGUCCAACCAGGAAUUCAGUCUAAUGGGAGAGAUAUGCAACCAGUUACCUACAGAGUGACUGGUGCCAUGAGGGGUAAGUGCAACUACUGUGAAAUACGAGGGAGGGGAGCAGAUGGGGAGUCUGCCCUGUAGAAAAAGCACAUUCCAGGCAUAGAGAACAGGAAGCACAAAGUUCACGAAAUCACAAAGGAACACAGAGAGUUAAGUUCCACAAACUGACAGAAGUGGGCUAGGACAAGCUGGAAAGGUCUUCCAGACCAACAGUACCAUUUGUGUGUACAGCACUCCCCUCAUUCUGAAAGGCACUGUCUCCCAUGUGACUUGAACAACCACGUGUAAUGGAAGCACACUUGGUUCUGCAGAGAAGCUGAUGAGCCGAAGGUCACAGAGCUACAAAGUUGCAAAGCCAGCCUUUAGGACUACAAAGCCAGCUUACUUCUCGACAGAGGACCCCCUCCCCACGACCACUACUUCAUACAAAUACAGCAGAGAUCUUCGACAUGAAGCACUGUGCGCUCUCUGGCAGAAAUGCACUUACGUGAGAGCUGACCUCCCACAGUUAGCCAGCACUUCAGUACUGAGUUCACAACUAAGGGGUUAAAAAUUAACUACCUGAAACUGGGAUUUAAUUAUGAGAAGAGAACCUGUGGGUUGCCUUUCAGGAUCCACUUCCCUUUGCCUGCUAAGUAGGAACCCAAACAUCCAUUCAGUAAGUACUGGAGGACCCAUUAUGGGCAAUUAACAUAAAACACAUUCUUUUCUUAGGGACUGGCAUGGGGUAAGAACCUACUUACAGUGUUAGUUGCAUGUAAAGAUCUCCUCUGCGGAUGGAAGGGGCGAAGACAGUGCAGCACACUGUAAGGAAAUGUAGUAUUUUCUCCAGAGUGAGGGGCUGAGGUGUGAAGAUCAGAGAGAAAACACUGAUUACUGUGAUGCCCCUUUCACAGCACCUUCAUGGAACUCAUCUACCUUGGAGAAAAAUCUUAGAAGUGGUAUCAAAAUACAAAUCCAUCACAGUGCUAGUCACCAAAGUCAGUCUUAGGCACACAGUCUGAAUAACUGUACCAACCUCUGAAUCUUAGGUACACAGGCUCAAUUGUUCCUGUAUGUUCUUCUGGACGUGUUCCCCCAAAGUAACCACCAUAGCUCCCACAUCUCUACAAGACCCUUGAGGUCUGUAUCCAAGGAACCAUGUUUGAUGCAAAUGCUGCUCACAUCCCUUGAACAACUACAGCAGGGGCUGCCAUUCCUCAGCAUCCACCGACUGGCCAGGCCAUACCGAAACAUACUCACCAGGGACCCAGGCCUACCCUAGCAUCCUGAAAAGUCCCUGUUCUCUGAGCACGCAGGUGGAGGUCUCCAGGCACUAAGGAGACAGACACGGCCAGGUGACUUUAGUAAACAAAAGAGGGAGGCAGGGCUGGGGCUGAAUGUCCAAACUACUUUCCUACAAUCACUUGAAAAGUAACUUCAGGAAGGGUGUGUUUUAACCAGUAAUAAAGACCUGAGACAGGGUCCCUCAGAUGUCUACCAUUUUCUCAUUUAGAAACUGUCAGGUGGACUCUUCUAGGAAACAAUGACAUGCAAAUAUCAAAGGACUGGAAACAACAGAUGCCCUCUCGUCCACUCAGCUAAAAGGCCAUUUUUCUUCUUUGUGACAUCCCUACCUUUCCCCUUCCUAGUCUGACUUCUGUGCCAGCCCCCGAUCACCAGCAAAAGCUCAGUCACCCUUCGGCCAAUUCACAUCCGCACUCUGUAACUGGGGCUUACCACCCUUACUUGUUACUUGAACAAGUUACUUGAACUUGUUCCCACUUCUCAGCAGGACAUAUCACAGCCACCCUCCCCCGGGAAGGCAGCAAAAAGGAUACUUGACUUAGAAUCAGAAGACUGGAUUUACAUCUUGCUCCUCUUUAACCUCAACUCAGACUUGCCAUUUGUCACAGGGAUGAGAAGUCAGAAGAGGGAUAAGAAUGUCUAUUUUAUAGAACUGCUUUAAGAAUCAAAUCUGAGAUCUAGAAAGCCACCAGCCGCUCUGACCUUUGCAGCCUAUCUCAUCACUAGGCACCACCAAGCAACCCCCUCUAAACUAGGCCGUUGAGAUUUUCUGCGCCUUAACUCCACUUCCUCACCAGACCACAUAAAAGAUCAUCACCGAAUUUCCACAGAUUAAAGACACGUUUUUAAUAAUCUGGACACUCUCAAGAGAGACAAGGAAGCUCUGACCCUGCAGGAAAGCUCCACCAUCCAACCCCUGCUCCCACACAAAAGAGGCCUAUGCUGUUAACAACCAGGGCUUUAAUUACUUCUGACAGUUUCCAGUAUUGUUCGGAACUCUGCCCAGAGCUUGGUGACACAGCCAGGAUGAGAAGACUGGUAAAUCCCAGCUGACCUAAGACCGAGCUGCAGGGUGUGCACACCACUCUCUUCUUGCUGUCUCUACUCUGGAGCAGAAGUCAGCAAAGUUUUACCUAAAGGGCCUACAGAUAAGUAUUUUAGGCCUAAGGGCCACAUAGACUCUAUGGCAAUGACUCAGGUCUGCCUCUCACUGAAAGCAGCCAUGGGUAAUGGUACAGAGACAAAUGGCCACAGGCUGUGUUCCAAUAAGACUUUAUUUACAAAAACAGGUAGCCAGCCCCGAGGCUGUGGUUUGCAGACUCUUGCUCUGGAGCAAAGCAAACCUAUCAUCUCUGAACCGUAAUAACGUCGGAGCUGCGACAGCAGCGUUUCUGCUGGCACUUGCCUACUCUGUCCACUGACUCUGGACUUUGGUUUGAACAGGCUUGACAAGGAGGACAAAGUCAGCAGGUGAAGGUAAGGACCACAAUCAAGAUCCUGAUGCCUCAUCUCUAUGAGGUGGUACCAUUUCAGGGAACCCGCACUCUCUCACUCCCUAGGGUUCCUGACCACCUUGG